AAAACAUAAAAAUCUCUGUAACUUUGCUCCUAUAACUACUUUUCCAGUGGCUAAGUUCGUCAUUCAUGGCUUCCACAUCCCCAAACUGCUUGUUUUACUUCUGCUCCCCUUCUUCAAUAUCCAACUCAACCUCAACCUCAACCACACAAUUGCCCUUAUCUUAUUCUCACUCUAUCUUUAAUGGGUGCAAUGGGAUUUCACUCACCAAAGCUUGGCCUUCUAGCUCAUCAAGAAUUUGUGCCAAGUUUGAACAGUUCCAAGGUGAGCCUCCCCAGGACAAUCUUGAAGAUACAACAUCACCAACCCUAGAAGCAUUUGAAGAAGAUGGUGAACAGGAGGAAGAAGAUGACAGCUGCUUGCCUUCUGACUUGGAGGGUGCAGUCCGGCAAUCGGGUGAAGCAAGUGCAACAUUUGUGUCUUCAGGAGGAUUGAGAGCCAUAGUUGAGCUUUUAAUCCCCCAACUGCAAUUUCUUGAUGAAGAAGGCGCACAAGCUGAGCUCUGGGAAUUGUCAAGGGUUUUCUUGGAUACGCUUAUUGAAGAAACUGGUGGGCAGAGAGUUAAAGCCAUAUUUCCUGAUGCUGGUGCCGCAGCACUUCUAAAAUACCGGUGGAAAGAUGCUGCUUUUGGAUUCUCCAGCUUAAGUGACCGAAAGCCGGUACAGAGUGAAGAUGAGAUUGUGGUUAUGGUUGUUCCUGAUUAUCAGAUGUUGGAAUAUGUAGAGAAGAUUGCAUCUACUCUCUCAGAUGAUCCGCCAAGGCCUCUCAUCAUGUGGAAUCCCCGUCUCAUCAGUGAGGAUGUUGGAGUUGGAUUUAAUGUUCGAAAGCUAAGGCGGUACUUUCUGAGCACUUUUACAACGGUAUACUCAAUGAGGCCUAUGCAGUCUGGUGCUGUCUUUAGGUGCUAUCCAGGGUCAUGGAAGGUGUUCUAUGAUGACAAGGAUAGACCAAACAGAUAUCUGCUUGCCAAAGAGCUCAUUAGGCGCCCGGAUGCCGAAGAACUUGAGAUGAUAUUUGGAAAUGUAGACGAGCAGUCAGAGCAGGGCCAAUCUUUGUUUGAUCAAGCGGCAGGGAUCUUCUCUUCACUAAAUCGAUUUAUGAGGGUCAUUUCAAGAUAGACUUUGUCUCUGAUCUAUCUCCUGCAUUGUAAUGUGUAUUGUGUACAAUAUUUUCUAGCACGAACCCUUGUAAUGUGUAUUUUGUAUAAUAUUUUCUAGCACGAACCCAAGUUGUGUUGCUUUACGUCUGCUGUUUUUAGUGAAAACAAAUGAAAGAAAGACAAACUACACAUUUUUUGUAUCACUGAAAUUGAGUGCAUCUGGCAUAUAAUUUCUUGAGCAA